AUGAAUGAAUUACCGUAUCAAGCCGAAUAUGCAAAGUCCGGUCGAGCGGCUUGUAAAGGUUGCAAAGAGAAAAUUGAUCAAGGAUCAUUACGUAUUGCUGUAAUGGUGCAGUCAGCAUUUCAUGAUGGAAAACAACCAAAUUGGCACCAUGAAAAAUGUUUGUUUAAGAAAAAAUGUCCAACCAUUCAAGAAAUAGGCAAUUUUAAUAAACUAAAGAAUGAAGAUCAGAAAAGAAUCAAAGAACUACUGGCUAAUUCAUGUGGUGCUGUUAUGCCAGUAGAAAAGGGUAAAAAAGGAAAGGGUACAAAAAGAAAAGAAGAAAAAUUACAACCUGGUAUUUCUAAUUUCUCAGUGGAAUAUGCUAAGUCAAGUAGAGCUACUUGCAAACAGUGUGACAUUAAAAUUUGCAAGGAUGAAGUAAGAAUUUCUAAAAUGGAAUUUGAUCCCCGAUAUGGUGAUGCACCGGCUUGGCAUCAUGUAAAGUGCUUUGCCGAAAGACAGGCCGAGUUUUUAUUCCUGGCUGGAGGAGAGGACAUACCAGGAUUUAAGCAACUCCAGAAGGAAGAUCAAGCCAUGGUUAAGAAAGAAAUUAAACCUAUAAGUCCCGAUGGAGGUCCAAUAAAGAAAUUAAAAUCAGAACCUAAAGAUGAAGAAGAAAUAAAGAAGGAAAAAAAAUUAGAAAAAGACUUAUGUAAGCAAAAUGACUCAUUUCACAAGUACCGAGGCCGCCUCAGUGAACUUGGCAGAAGUGAUUUGCACGAACUGCUUGAAGCUAAUUCACAGGAGAUACUAAAAGGUCCAGAUGAGUGCUUGGACCACUUGGCGGACAUGAUGGCAUUUGGGGCUCUGGAACCUUGUCCUGAAUGCAAACAGGGCCAGCUUAUUUUGGACACUUUCAAUUAUAGAUGCACAGGUAAUAUAAGCGAAUGGACCAAGUGUAGCUACACAACGAGGACACCGAAACGGAAACCGAUGAAAGUGCCCUCGAGUUACAAAAAAGGAUCAGUGUUUAAGUCCUACAAACCAAAAGUGGGUGAGCGAUUGUUUGAGCUUGCUCCUCCUCCGGCCAUCGUCGUCAAGAAGGAGGAACCGCAAGGUGAGAAGAAAUUCCCCAUUCCACCGCUGAAGAAUCUCCAGUUUUUCAUGUAUGGAAAAUUCAAGGGGGACAAGGAGGAAAUUAAAAAGCGCAUUUUAAAAAUGGGAGGUCUGGUCACGAGCAGAGUGACCGACACGCUGGCCGCGGUCGUGUCCACGGAGAAAGAGGUGGAGAAAAUGGCCGCCAAGAUGGAGUCCAUCCAAGCCGAAGACAUCGAAGUCGUGAACGAAGAGUUUUUCGAUUUGAUCGAUUCAAAAAGUGGUUCCGUUUCCCAAACGCUGGACCUCAUCAAACAAAACAAUAUUGCGCCUUGGGGAUCGGAUCCUACGAAGCGCGUUCCCCAAGACGUGAUCGACGGGAAGUCCAUUCAAAAGUCCGGCAGCAACUACGUGAAGUCGUCCGGUGUCACUAAACUGAAAAUCAAAGGUGGGACGGCCGUCGACCCCGACUCGGGUCUGUCCGACGAAGCUCACGUGUACGUGGACCCCGAAGGGGCCAAAUAUACGGUUAUACUCGCGAAGACGGACGUCGUCGCCGGCAAGAACUCGUAUUAUAAGAUGCAGGUCUUGGAGGCUGAUAACAAGAAGAAAUUCUGGUUCUUCCGUUCGUGGGGUAGAAUCGGCACACCGAUCGGCGGCAACAAGGUCGAGAAUUGCAAAUCUCUUCAAGACGCCGUCCGCAAGUUCGAAGACAUGUACAUGGAGAGAACUGAAAAUCCUUGGGAGAUGCGCGACGAUUUCAUGAAGAUGCCGGGCGCGUACUACCCGAUCGAGGUGGACUACGGCGACGGGGACAAUGCGAAGAAAGAAAAGAGAGAGCUGAAAGUGGACACGAAGUGCGGUCUCGCUCUGCCCGUCCAGAACCUCGUGCAGAUGAUAUUCGACAUUGACACCAUGAAGAGAACGCUGCUAGAGUUCGAGCUCGACACGGAGAAGAUGCCUCUGGGAAAGCUUUCGAAGAAACAGAUCAAGUCCGGGUACAACGUGUUGUCCCAACUCCUCACGAUCAUUCAAAAGGGUAACGCAAGUAACAGCAAAAUUGUAGAUUCGACCAACAGAUUUUACACGCUGGUGCCGCAUAGUUUCGGCCUCGACAAUCCUCCGCUGCUGGACAGCGAGGAGGCCGUCUUGAACAAGAUUCAGAUGCUGGACAGCUUGAUGGAAAUCGAAAUCGCCUACAGUCUUCUCAACUCGGAUGAGGAGGAAGGCGUGAGUGCCAUCGAAUCAAACUACAAGAAGUUAAAGACGGAGUUAGAGCUCCUGGACAAGAGUAAAGAAGAGUAUCAGAUGAUAGCUGAAUACUUAAAGAACACACACGCGGCCACCCACACUAAUUAUACCCUCGAAUUGCAGGAGGUAUUUAAAGUGAACCGCGAAGGUGAAGCGAAGCGAUACAAGCCGUUCCGUAAGCUCCACAACAGACGUCUGCUAUGGCACGGCUCCAGGACUACUAACUUUGCCGGCAUUUUGUCACAAGGUCUCCGCAUAGCGCCGCCCGAAGCCCCCGUGACGGGUUACAUGUUCGGCAAAGGCAUAUACUUCGCCGACAUGGUGUCCAAGUCGGCCAACUACUGCUGCACCAACACCAACAACCCCGUCGGCCUCAUGCUACUCAGCGAAGUGGCGUUGGGAGACAUGAAAAAGUGCAAACAAGCCGAGUAUAUAACGAAGUUACCGGCCGGCACCCACUCCGUGUGGGGUAUGGGCCAGACCGAGCCCGAUCCGUCCCAGAACAAAGUACUCGACGACGGCGUUGUUGUGCCACUGGGAAAGUCUGUUCAGAAAAAAGAAAAAACAUCAUUACUCUAUAACGAAUUCAUCGUAUACGACGUCGCCCAGGUCAACGCGAAGUACUUGCUGCAAGUGAAGUUCAACUACAAAUAUUGA